GUUGAUCCGCUAACUUCUAUGUGGUCAGCCUACCGAAACAUGAGGUCUGUUUAUUGUCCAUUUUUUCUUCGUUAGCGUUAGACAAUAAACAUGUCCUCAUAAACGUGAUUUUGUUGUAAAUAUUUUCGAUUUCUAACUAUUUUAGUUUGUAUAAAACGGAAACGCCUUUGCGAACAGCGAACUCCUAUCCUCCUCCGUCUGCGUCCUGUGGCAGCUAGGCUAUGAUGUGAUUCUGAAUAAGUGUCGGUGAGGGAAGUUAUAAUUGACAUUAUUAUAGCUGAAUGGCUACAGCACCGGCCUGUCAGCAUUCAUUUAACGCCUGUAUGGUUUUAUUCCGAUAGCCACUUCAGCUCCCCGUCGGGAAGCACCGCUAUAUUUUCUUGGCGGAAAUAACCGAAGGCACCUCAUCCACAGCACUGUAGUACACCUUAAAAAAAGAGAGAUGUCUUUCUUCAAUUUUCGGAAGAUAUUCAAGUUGGGGCCUGAUAAAAAGAAGAAGCAGUAUGAGCAUGUACACAGAGAUGUCAAUCCAGAGGACAUCUGGGAGAUUGUUGGUGAGCUGGGAGAUGGAGCUUUUGGUAAAGUGUACAAGGCCCAGAAUAAACUGAAUGGGACCCUCGCAGCUGCUAAGGUUAUUGACACAAAGACAGAAGAUGAACUGGAGGACUACAUGGUCGAGAUUGACAUUCUGGCUUCCUGCAACCACCAUCACAUUGUCAAACUGCUGGACGCCUUUUAUUUUGAAGGCAAACUUUGGAUUCUGAUUGAGUUCUGUGCCGGUGGUGCGGUCGAUGCCAUCAUGCUUGAACUGGAGAGACCCCUGACUGAGCCCCAGAUCCGGGUGGUGUGUAAGGAGACUUUGGAAGCCUUGAUUUACCUCCACGAGAACAAGGUCAUCCACAGAGACUUGAAAGCUGGAAACAUUCUCCUCUCCUUGGAUGGAGAUGUAAAAUUGGCUGACUUUGGGGUGUCUGCUAAAAAUACCAUGACGAUACAGAGAAGAGAUUCUUUCAUAGGCACUCCAUAUUGGAUGGCACCUGAGGUGGUGAUGUGCGAAACUUCCAAAGAUCGUCCGUACGACUACAAGGCUGACAUCUGGUCCCUCGGAGUAACCCUCAUAGAGCUAGCACAGAUUGAACCACCCAAUCACGAGAUGAAUCCCAUGAGGGUGCUACUGAAAAUAGCCAAGUCUGAGCCACCCACUCUCAUGAAUCCCUCUCGCUGGUCACCAGAAUUUAGUGACUUCCUGCGGAAAGCUCUUGAUAAGAAUGUGGACAACAGGUGGAGUGCAGCACAGCUUCUACAGCAUCCUUUCGUUACCAGUGUAACUGAUAGCAGACCUCUCAGAGAGCUCAUAGCUGAGGCCAAAGCUGAAGUCACAGAAGAGCUUGAGGAUAGCAAAGAGGAGGAGGAGGAGGAAGAACCCGAUACACCUGUGGCGGCUCCUGGACACAAGCGUGCACCAUCAGAUGUCAGCGUGGCCAGCUCAGAGGAUGACAAAGUGCCUCCAACUUCCUCCACCCUGGAGUCUGUUACAGAAAACAUGGAAACUGAGCCUGUUGAGGACCAAAUCAGUGAUAAGCUUUCUGAUAAAGGACUUGGACCAAGUGAAGUAGAUAAGACUGAGGAGGAGAAACUCUUGAAGGUGUCUGAUGCCGGUAAUGAAUGUGUGGCCUCGGGAACAGUAGAAACCAACAAGGACUUUAACCCUGAAGAUAUUUCCCAGCCUAAACCAGAAGGGGAUCAAACUGAAGAAGUUCCUGGUGAGAUUGUAGUGUCGGAGCCUGAUGAACCUGUAGAUACUGUGGAUUACCAAGAACAUAUCAGUGAUGAAAAAGAAGAGGCACAGAAGACAGAGGAAAAGAUAAUGAGAGAUGAAGCUACUCCAGUAAUAAAUGAAGAGGAAGAGCAUCUGAAAGAAGAUGAAGAAGAACAAGCUUCUUCAGAUGAAUCUAUAAAAUCACAAGAAAAACCAGAAGAUGCACUAAUAAAUGUAGAUUCCACAUCUGAAGAAGUGACUCGGGUAGAAGAAGAAAACAAAGAGCCAGAUAACAAAUUAGAAGACAUUGGUAAUGACAACCGUGAAAUUGUAGAUGCAGAGAAAUUGGAUAUAAAUGUACUGGACACAAAUAUAAAUGGGGACACAGACACAAAGUCAAGUUUGGAGAGGCCUAACACUGAGAUUCUGUUAGAAAACAAGACCAUAGAAAGUGAAUUAGAGGAAAAGCCAAAGGAUGAGGCCCCUGAGAAGUCGGAGCAGCCCGAACAAGAGAAUGAGUCCAGAGGGGAGGCUGAACUACAAGAACAAACACCAGCUGAAUCCAAUGGAGUUAAUGAAGAAGUCAAAGACGCAUGUGAUGUUUUAGAACAAACAGUUGCAUCUAAAGAUGUCUCUCUGAAAAACGAUGAGGAGAAAGCAGCCCAUACAGAUGAGAGCACUUCCCAAGAUGCUGUCUCUGUUCAGGAGAGUGAAACAGAUUCAGAAACCAAAUUGGAGCAUGGAAGCCCUGUUGUGAUCAAGUCUGAUGUGGAGAAGGACUCUGAUUCAGGAAGCAGCUCUGCUGCUGACAGCAACAGCCUCGACCUCAAUCUGUCUAUCUCCAGCUUCCUGUCCAAAAGCAAAGAGGGGGGCUCUGUGUCUGUUCAGGAGUCAAAACGUCAAAAGAAGACUCUGAAGAAGACACGCAAGUUUAUGGUAGAUGGUGUGGAGGUCAGUGUGACGACAUCAAAGAUAGUGACCGAUAAUGAUACCAAGAAUGAGGAGAUGAGGUUCCUGAGGCGACAAGAGUUGAGAGAGCUGCGAUUUCUUCAAAAAGAGGAGCAGAGGGCCCAGCAGCAGUUGAGCAACAAGCUGCAGCAGCAGAAAGAGCAGAUCUACCGGCGCUUUGAACAGGAAACUUCUGCAAAGAAGCGUCAAUAUGACCAAGAAGUGGAAAAUCUUGAGAAGAAGCAGAAACAGACCAUCGAGCGACUAGAACAGGAUCACACCAGUCGACUCCGAGACGAAGCUAAACGCAUCAAAGCAGACCAAGACAAGGAGCUCUCAAAGUUCCAAAACAUGUUAAAGAGUCGGAAGAAAGAGGUCAAACAGGAAGUUGGACAAUCACCCAAACACAUGAGAAAAGAGCUCAUGAAACGAUUAAAGGAGGACCUGUCGCUCCUCAAGACUGCAGAGGAGCAGGAGUUCCUACAGAAGCAGCAGCAAGAACUGGAUGGAGCUCUGAAGAAAAUUAUCCAGCAGCAUAAAGUGGAGAUAGCCACCAUUGAGAGAGACUGCCUCAACCACAAACAGCAGUUAAUGAGAGCUCGGGAGGCAGCGAUGUGGGAGUUGGAGGAGCGCCACCUGCAGGAGAAGCACCAGCUUUUCAAGCAGCAGCUGAAAGACCAGUACUUCAUGCAGAGGCACCAGCUGCUGAAGAGACAUGAGAAAGAGAUGGAGCAGAUGCAGCGCUACAAUCAACGUUUGGUAGAGGAGCUCAAAAACAAACAGAAUCAAGAGAGGGUUCGCUUGCCCAAGAUCCAACGCAGUGAUGCCAAGACUCGUAUGGCCAUGUUCAAGAAGAGCCUCCGCAUCACCGCCACGGCAACUGUCACCCCAGAGCAGGAGAGAGAACGGAUAAAACAGUUUGCUGGACAGGAGGAUAAGAGGCAGAAGAAUGAGAGACUCCAUCAGCACCAGAAACACGAGAACCAGAUGAGAGAUCUGCAGCUGCAGUGUGACUCAAACACCAGGGAGCUACAGCAGCUGCAGAAUGAGAAAUGCCACCUCUUAAUCGAACAUGAGACCCAAAAGUUGAAGGAGCUGGAUGAGGAGCACAGCCAAGAGAUAAAGGAGUGGAGAGAGAAGCUGAGGCCUAGAAAGAAGGCUUUAGAGGAUGAGUUUACACGGAAGCUCCAGGAACAGGAGGUCUUCUUCAAGAUGAGUGGUGAAUCCGAAUGCCUUAACCCCACCACACAGAGCCGAGUAUCCAAGUUUUACCCCAUACCAAACCUACACAACACUGGUUUAUAGCCUCCUGUUUGUCUGUGCAACAAAACAGACUCCAGUCAAACUUGUCUUUUUCUCACUGAUUCUUCGUGGUGGAGCAAUAGCCUUUUUUUUUUUUUUUUUUUUUUUUUUCUAAUCAUGAAAAUUUCUGCUUUGCUUUGUUCUGAUUCCACCAUUAGUGAGCAUGACGUGCCUAUACACCAUUAACUCGCUUACUCAAGUUUUUCAGCUUAUUGGGAAAUGUCUAAUGUAAUAUGACCUUUUUGAGCAUGUUCAGAGUUUAAAAACAGCAGUUGGUUGCUUAGGUCAGUCAUGCUUGUUGUAUUAUCAUUAGGACUGCCUGCUACAGUAUAAAUUAUUUCCAGUGCCUGGUAUGUUUUUUUCAGCAUUUAGGCUCUCCUCUGUUUUGUACAACUUGCAGUUCACACAGAGGAGACUUGACUCUUCUUCACUUACACAACUGAUUAUCAUUUCUGCUCCUUAUCCCAAGAUUUUAAGAGAUGUCUAUUUUUUAUUUUAUUUUAAACAUUUCAUGGUGAUUAAAGCCAUCAUUGAGGAUCAGUUUGGCUGCCUGUGAAGGAGGUCGUUGUGAAGGAAGACGAGUCUAAAGAAAACAGACUGUAGUUGUAAGACUUUGUAAUGGCUGUGUAGUCUUUUGUGCGCUGUGUCUAAUGUCGUCAUGGGAAUCAAAUACAGCGUCAUAAGGCUGUGCGUUCAAAUAAUAUAGAAUGUACUGUGUUGUAUGCUCCAUAUAUGAAGUUUGAUCAAGUUACUGUGCUUACAAAAAGCAUUUUACCAUCCUUGGAGAUGAAUGAACAAAAAUAUAUAUUUAGCACGUAAUGUCAUUUCAAUGCUGUAAAACACCCCCUUCUGUUUCUAUUAACAGAGAUGACUUGUUAUGUCUUGGAGUUGUUUCAGUAUGUAAGGUAAAUGGCUUUAUCCCAAGUUAUUUUGAGCAGGACUCCUGCAAAUGAAUGAUUUGUUGUAAAGUAUGAAUUAUGAAGGAAUGUAAAGCUUGUUGAUUUGCACUGUUUUGCCACAUGAGCUGCAGAUAGAAAAUAUGCAGUAUAAAACUUUACCCAGGUCUAUUUGAACUCCAGACUGACAGGACUGUCAGCAUCUUCAUUUUAUUUUUUUUCCAUUAUUAUAAAUUUAACUUUUUCAGUCAAGCCAUUAGUAUUUUACAAAUGCAUCUAGUUUUCUAAAUUUUUAUUCCUGACAUACCACUGCUGUAACUGCUCUUCAUGCUGAGCUCACAUCCAGUGCUGUACCUAAAAAAUGAGCUGCAUCUUAGAACCUGGGAUUAGUUUAUUUUGCAACUGCAGAUCAUCGAAGCAUCUUAUAAUUUUUGUAUGUUGAUAUUCAUUAUGAGUACAAUUCUGUCAUAAAUGCUGGAUUUUUAUUGGAGUAAACAGAUUUUGUCAUGUGGAUUGCACCAUUUAAUUCAUAGAUUCCAUUUAUAUUUUUCAAUUGAACAUUUUACAGCAUUUUCAUGUGUCAUUCCCUCAUAAUGGACAUUUAAUAUAUGCAUUUUUGAUGUCAGAUCCAAUGUAUUAAAUGCAUCUUUAUAAAUGGACAUUUUUUUUCAUGUAAAUUAAAUAUCAUGUUUAAUUGACAAAUUGAGUGAUGCUGUUUUGAGGUCAAAUUAAGUCACAAAAUUAGUAAGACACACAAAUCUCAAAAAUAGAUUUAUUUUUGUGUCUUUCAAAUGUUUAUCAAAAGUUGUGUUCAAUCAUGUCAAACAAACUGGAAACAUUUUAUAAUUAUAUCUUCUCAAAAUACA